AUUUGCUUUCCUAUCCAACUUGACUCAACAAUCAUGUCUUAUUCUAGCUCACGAUUUGACCCUUCAGAUUACCCUUAUAUAAUAGGCAUUGAUUUUGGUACGACUUAUUCUGGGUGCUCAUAUUUCUACACAGAGGACAGUACAGGCGAAAUAUUAGAGAUUACAGAAUGGCCUAAACAGCGUGGUGCUAUUUACCCAAAAGUACCAACCGCGUCUCUUUACGAAGCAAAUGGAAAACGGAUGAUUGCAUGGGGAAAUGAUGCCAUAUUCAAAGCGCAACGCCCAAACAACAAGGAUGUUCUGGUCGAAAGAUUCAAACUGACUCUUGAUCCAAAUAUAGCUAGUAAAGCUACACUUCCAAAUGGAUUGACGUCGCUUGAAGUGAUUACUGAUUAUCUCACUGCAUUCCACGCUUAUGUUCUUGAAUACCUGGACCGAGUUCUGGGACACGUGUAUCAACACUCGAAAUCCAGAUACUGCCUCACUGUUCCAGCCAUGUGGGAUGACCAAGCCAAAGCUACAAUGCGAGAGGCGGCCAUCUUGGCUGGAAUUGUGUCCCGCGCUGAUAACCCUGACCGGCUUGUCUUGACCAGCGAACCUGAAGCCGCGUCUCUGUUCUGUGAAAAGAAGUGCGACCAGUUUGAGCUUGAAGAAGGAAAACGGUUUAUGAUUUGCGAUGCCGGAGGUGGAACGGUCGACUUGAUCGUGUUUGGGAUCGAUGACAACAAUGGAAAGAAGACUCUGCGUGAGAUUACCAAGGGAUCUGGAGCGUCUUGUGGAUCCACUUUUCUGGAUGCGCGUAUGCGGAGAAUCUUUAAAACCCGAUUUGGAGAGUAUUAUCAAGAUAACAAGCAGGCAAUCAAUCACAUAAUGAAGCAGUUUGUAACAGUGAUAAAGCCUCAAUUUGAAAAUGAAGAUGACGAGUUUUUCUCUAUGCCGAUGUCACUAAAAUUAAGUGAGGAUGAGUUGUCUGAAAUCGGGAUAGAGGAUGGAAAACUUCAAAUAUCGGUUGAUGACCUUAGAGAAGAGGUGUUUGAACCUGUCGUUAAGCAGGUACUUGACCUGAUUUCUGAUCAAGUCAAUCAAGCAAGAAAGAAAUUGGACGCAGUGUUUCUUGUCGGAGGCUUUGGACAGUCUAAAUACCUUCAGGAGCGUGUAAAGGAAACAUUCGAGAGUAAGAUUGGACUCAUUGCGAUGCCUGCGCGUGGUGAGCUUGCCGUUGUGAGAGGAGCAGUCAUAUUUGGAUUGAGUCCUGGACGAGUGUCACAUAGAGUUGCACGCCGAACCUAUGGAUUAGCUAUGGAUAGCCCAUUUGACUAUAUCCAAGAUCCAGCAGAGUACAAGUAUAUCGCUGCCGACGGUUCAGUAAUGUGUAAAGGCCGAUAUAUAGUAUAUGUGAACAAAGGCGAAACGAUUGAAGCGGAAGAAUGUGUUACACAUAAGGCGUUCGCUUUCUACCCACAAAAUAUAUCUGCUGCCCUCUAUGUAUAUGAUGGUAAUGAAGUACCUCCACGCUACACAACACACUAUCGUGUUCGGAAGGUUUCGAAUUUCACAAUCAAAAUGCCCUUUAUUCCAAAUGCUUACACCAAUCAAAAGAUUGGUGCUACAUUGAACAUGUACUUUGGCAAUACUGAGAUACUUGUAGAAAUCAAAAUACACGACAAAGUCUUUAGGAGUGCCUCUGAAUACGCAGCACAUGAACUCGAGAAGAUCUCUGUACCGAUAGACAGAGAAGAAGAAAGUGAAAAUGAUGAUGAUGAUAAACCAGAAUACUCUUUCAUAUAAAUUCACAUAAGACAUACCACAUCUAUGAGUAUCUUUUGCGCGACAUAAGAUCAACAAAAAUCUAAUAUUUUAUGGAUUUCUGGCACCCUCCCUUCUACUUCACAUAUGUACUUUAUUCUUAUUUUUUUAUUUAAUAAAAAACUACCAAGGUGUAACAUGCU